AUGGAUGCGCAAAAUAACCUAUUGGUUAAAUUUGCUGACGAUAUAACGACAAGUGCUCCAGUAAAAUCAGGAUCGGAUUCUGCUGAGGCUGAGGUGGAAAGCAUUCAGAAUUGGUCGGAAGCAAAUCAAAUGACAUUAAAUCUUUCUAAAACGUGGGAAAUGGUUGUGCACUGUGGGUCCAUGAAACCGUUACCGGCACCGAUUGUAACUACCGAUUGUAGGCAUUGA